CGCCCGCAGUCGCCGGCCCCGCGGACUUCCGAGCCGCCGCCUCAGCCUCUGCCGGCGCAUCGCGGACGCCCAGCAGGAAUGAGGGGAGAAUCCUACUUCAUUGGAAUGAGGAGCCUGGGGCAGCAGGGGCACUUCCCAGAGGAUGGAGGACUUCUCUUGCUCUGCUGCAUAGACAGAGACUGGGCCGUAACUCGGUGUUUUGCAGAGGAAGCCUUUCAAGCAAUCACUGACUUCAACGACCUCCCCAACUCACUGUUUGCGUGCAAUGUUCACCAGUCAGUGUUUGAAGGAGAAGAGAGCAAGGAAAAAUUUGAGGGCCUGUUUCGGACUUACGAUGACUGCGUGACGUUCCAGCUGUUUAAGAGUUUCAGACGUGUCCGAAUAAACUUCAGCAAUCCCAAAUCUGCAGCCCGAGCCAGGAUAGAGCUUCAUGAAACCCAGUUCAGAGGGAAGAAAUUAAAACUCUACUUUGCACAGGUCCAGGCUCCAGAGACAGACGGUGACAAGCUGCAUUUGGCACCGCCACAGCCCGCCAAGCAAUUCCUCAUCUCACCCCCCGCGUCUCCUCCCGUGGGCUGGCAGCCCAUCAGCGAUGCCACGCCAGUGCUCAACUACGACCUCCUCUACGCCGUGGCCAAACUAGGACCAGGAGAGAAAUAUGAGCUCCAUGCAGGAACGGAGUCCACCCCAAGUGUCGUUGUGCACGUGUGCGACAGCGACGUAGAAGAAGAAGAGGAUCCAAAGACUUCCCCAAAGCCAAAAAUCAUCCAGACCCGGCGUCCUGGUCUGCCGCCCUCCGUGUCCAACUGAGCUCACCGCUCCGCCUCAACGAUAAUAUCUGUCUCCUCUUUAUCAUGCUUUUUUUUUUUUUUCCCUCCGUUGUUUGUUUGUCGAAAAAAAAAAUAAUUGCCUUUCAAUCCCUGGGUGUUUGGUUGUUUGAGAUUCCUUCCUUGUAAUCAAGCCUCUCGGACAAAAGGGCUAGGAAAAGGUGAUAUGUUUCCUGAUCAUAUCAUGUCCAUUGAGUAAUAAUCCAUUGUUUAGAAGGUUCUAGAAAAAAAAAAAAGGUAGUAUUUUCUUAUUAAAAUAUCAGCACCACCUAUAUCUUCAUUCUCUCAUGUUGAUCCAAGCCAGAGACAUCAGUGACAAAUAGCACCCGUGUUGUUUGUGAUCCGUUUCAGUCCCAGUCCUGAUGUGUGUGCGUUGUUUCUUCCUGGCCACUUAAGUAGGACCAUAAGUAAACUUGACUUUGACUGCAUGAGAUAUCCCUAUCUGGUCUCACUCAGUCCUCUGCAUCCCGACAUUCCCAGGACAUGCAUGAUCACCAGCAUUUAUUUUCAUGAUUCGAGGAUAUACUCUAACUCUCAGACUGUCAGCAUCCAGCCAUGUCCUAUCUAGACUAGAAAAAUUAUCAGCAUCCUCCAGCUCAACAAGUCUGGGUAUAGCCACUAUUUUGAGUCCAUCCUUCAUAGCUCUGUUAAAAUUCCUGGAGGCGACACUGAGCUUGGCCCCAAAGAUAUUCCUCCAUAGAUUUUGAACACCACUUCCCAUAGAGUACUUUCCCAGACUCGCGGGGGAGGCUUGUCCAGGGUGACAGAGACCGAUUUCAGACAAACCUAUUUAUUACAAAAGUUUCAUGGUGUCUGAAUGAUUGUUUUUUCUCUUUGUAUAUUUGUACAAAUGUUUCAGCUGUGCUUUUAAACUCUGGAUGUUUUUUAUUUAGUGAUUGUUCAGCCAUUAGCUGCUUAAAGACAUAACUAUGUGCAUUGCUUAUGAAUGCAUUCAUAUACUAAUACAGAUAAUCUGAUAAUAUGACACUCUACUAUGGAUAAUGCUGAAUUUUGGAACGGCACAAAACUUCUCAUGCCAAUAUAUAAAUGACUAGCCAACAUCUUUGCUAUCAAGAACACUCGUUUUUAAAUAAAGGGAAGAGGCAUGUGUCCAUCAUAGACAAUUUGGGUGAAGCUAGAUCUCCAGAACUGAAUAUUUGAAACAGGAAGGGAGGGUAGAUCAACAAACAUAUACCAAUCCUACUCAUGCUAUGGCCAUGUUGCUCAAAAACAUUUGUUUUCGUCACAUGUGAUAUUUCUAUUUCUGUAGCCCGAAGUGCAUUACCGAAGAUACACCUCUAAAACCAUUACCUUCUGUUCUUUGUACAAGGCCUCACACCCGCCCCUGUACAUUAAUGAAUUACUUUAGAUGCAAAUGCCAGUUACCAGGGAGUGGGGAAAUACUUUUAUUACCCAAGCCUCAGAAAAACACACGAGAACAAUAACACAGCCAUCUUAUGGAAGGAUUGUUGUGGUUUUUGACUAAGGUGUACAGUUAGUUUCGGCAGAAACUUAAAACAGACUGAUCACUCAGAAAUUCAAGUCCGUUCUACUGUGAUUAUAGCAAUAUCAUACUGGACACAGUACAGGUGAAACUGAGGAUAGCGUUGCUUGUAAAACCCUGAGUUUCCAUAAGAAAAAAAAAAAUUCAGGCUUCUUUUAAAAAUAAAAUCUGAGGAGUGUAUAGUAAGCAAAUGCUUUGUCCUUUGCUGUGGGGGUUUUUUGGUGUUUCAUCAACAAAUGGAAGAGUAGACUUCAAAGUGGAGGAAUACUGCCCUCUAGUGGAAGAAAUGUUUUUCUGAGCUUUUGAGACCCAGCGGAGAACUGCAGCUGUCAGCCAUUUUGUGCUGAGCCUCUUCAGUCUUCGGCGGGGGUCGUUUGACUUCCUAAGCUGCUCAGUUUCAGAACGCAGGUUCUAAGGAAAUCUGGAUGAGAAAAAAUAUAUAUACAUAUAUUUGGAAAUUAUUUUUUAAGUGUUUUAAAGCAGAUCCCAUCAGUCAUUUCCAGCCAAAUUUAGCAAAGGUUAAAAUGACCAUCCUGUGUAGUCACAAAAUAAAAACAGUGAAGUAGACGACCUAAGGGAUUAGUCUCGGGGACAUUUAUUGCGAAGUUUCCGUGUGACUCUGUCUCAGGUCAAGUAAUUCUUUCAUUAGGUUGGGUUUGGGAAGAGGGAAAGAGGGACUUCUCCCAGGGGAGCUGUAAGAAACCGGAAGGAGUCCUUGAAGGGUUUCAGGGGAGCCUCCUGCACUGUGAAAGUCAAAAUUGCCUCAACAUUUCCAUGAUGCACCUUAUGCAAACCUCUUUAGCACUAUUUUCAGUUUGAAAAGUCUGAUUAUGGAGGGGGAGGGGGAGAUUUCCACCAACCAAAUCAUUUGUGCACGUGUAUAGCUCAAAGAGCUUAGACUUCAAAUAUACCUGGUGAAUGAC